UGCACGAACCGAACCGACAAAAGAAACGAGAAAAAAAAAGCCUUCACUUUACUUCAGUUAUCAUAUGUUCCUCAAUACCUACCAACCCAUUUACUCAUUACAAAUUCCCUCGUCGGGUUUCUCGCAAACAGGUUCACUUAUAAUCGGAUCACAGUCAUACCCAUCGCAAACAAGCGCUGACGUUGAGCAGACCAAUUGAUCACGAGCUGGUCAUUCACCGGAAACUUGUCGUCUCGUUCAUCCUCUUCAGGUCUUGCUUGUCACUGUAUAAAAACCUUCGGGUUCCUCCCCUUGAACCACCGAGCAAGGGCUACCAAAGUAGGAACGGCGAGUCUGUGGGCAAUCAGGCCAGGUUUGGUAUUGCGAUUCUCCCCUUAUAGCCAGAAACGCGAUCAUUCUUCAGGGGAAAAAAAGAGACAGCAAGCACAAUGUCCAACCAUGGGCAACACCCAGGUCAACAACCCAACCCUCGGGGUCAUCAUCGCCGUCCGCCUCCCACACCAUCAGGAGCAGCGUCACAGCCACCACAUCCCCCUCGACCCCGUUCUCACCAAUUACAAAACCCAGCAACCCUCACAACCCGCCGCUCCCUCCUCUCCCCAACCUUCGCCUCCAAACUCCGCCAACUCGCCCUCCCCCUCGCCCCCCUCGUGCAGCUAACCAGUGGCACCGUGCACCCCGAAUUUCCCCAGACGUUGCUCAACUUCUGGCUUUUGACCGACGACCAGCUGGACCGACUAGCGAGCUUCUAUCACCAGCGCACGCCAUGCCAGUGGACGGCGCACUACCCUUGUCCGGUGUCAUGGCCGGCAGGCAUGGGGAUCGAGGAGAAGAGGAGGAGGAUUGGACGGUUUAUCGGGCUGAGGGGCUGUGAGAGUCCGUUGCCGACGGGGACAAGUUUAGGUUUAGACGUGGACAUGCGGCAGAUGAGUACGGGGGGAAAGAAGGGGGAUGUGCAGGUAGAUGAUGCCGCUAUGGAAAACGAAGGAAAUGGAAUGUCGACGUACAUAUCAGCGCUGCUGAAGUCGACGAUAGGGAUGACGGACGAGGAUAUCGCAGAGACGGAGAGGAGGGUCAGGGGAGCACAGGAUGAGUUGGAUGAGAUCAGGAGGAAGAUGGGUUGGUAUCUUUAG